GUCAGCUGCCUUUCCCGGGCGUCUCCCCGCAACCCCCUCAACUUCCCUUGCCCGUGACGCGGCGCCCAGGAGAAAUUCGACGGGACAGGGACCCGGGGAGCGUGAGCUGCAGUUAGAAGAAGAUGGAUGCACAGAAUUCAUCCAAAGUCAACAUGAGGAAGAGGAGGAAAGAGAUACCUGGACCCAAUGGGGCAGCAGAGGAUGAUGGAAUUCCUUCAAAAAUGCCACGCUGUGCAAUUGGCUUACGGCAGCCAGCGCCUUUUUCUGAUGAAAUUGAAGUAGACUUUAGUAAGCCCUAUGUCAGGGUAACCAUGGAAGAAGCCAGCAGAGGAACUCCUUGUGAACGGCCUGUGAGAGUUUAUGCAGAUGGAAUAUUUGACUUAUUUCAUUCUGGUCAUGCCCGGGCUCUGAUGCAAGCAAAGAACCUUUUCCCUAAUACAUAUCUCAUUGUGGGAGUUUGCAGUGAUGAGCUAACACACAACUUCAAAGGCUUCACCGUGAUGAAUGAAAAUGAGCGCUAUGAUGCAGUGCAGCACUGCCGCUAUGUGGACGAGGUGGUGAGGAAUGCCCCCUGGACCCUGACACCAGAGUUCCUGGCAGAACACCGGAUUGAUUUUGUAGCCCAUGAUGACAUCCCUUACUCUUCUGCUGGGAGUGAUGAUGUUUAUAAGCACAUCAAGGAAGCAGGCAUGUUUGCUCCAACACAGAGGACAGAAGGUAUCUCCACAUCAGAUAUCAUCACCCGAAUUGUCCGCGACUAUGAUGUAUAUGCCAGACGGAACCUACAGAGGGGCUACACGGCAAAGGAACUCAAUGUCAGCUUUAUCAAUGAGAAGAAAUACCACUUGCAGGAGCGAGUUGACAAAGUAAAGAAGAAAGUGAAAGAUGUGGAGGAAAAGUCAAAAGAAUUUGUUCAGAAGGUAGAAGAAAAAAGCAUUGACCUCAUUCAGAAAUGGGAGGAGAAAUCCCGAGAAUUCAUUGGAAGUUUCCUGGAAAUGUUUGGUCCAGAAGGAGCGCUGAAACAUAUGCUGAAAGAGGGGAAAGGCCGGAUGCUGCAGGCCAUCAGUCCACGGCAGAGUCCCAGCAGCAGUCCCACUCGUGAACGCUCCCCCUCUCCCUCUUUCCGGUGGCCCUUCUCUGGCAAGACUUCCCCGCCUUCCUCCCCAGCAAACCUCUCCAGACACAAGUCUGCAGUCUAUGAUAUCAGUGAGGAUGAAGAAGACUAAUUUUUCAUCUCUCCUUUCCUCUCCCCUCCCUCUGUCCCAUCACCUUCAGAAGCUCUCUGUUGAAUUCUGAAUUGUGAUCCCAACACUAAACCUAAGGACAGCUACAAAGGAAAGACAAAUGGGGCAAGAGUACUUAGGAUGGGGGGACCAGACAGCCUAUCCUCUGAGAGACAUCACCCACCCCCACCAAGAAAUAGGCUAACUACAUCUUAGAAGCCUGUUCGGCAUCCAUAUACCUUCCCCAUGGACUUUGCUUUACUGUUUAUGUUCAUGUGAUCUUGACAGGGAAAUUGUCAUUUUUAUUAAUUUUUUAAAAAUUAGUCUUUCAAAUGUAGUAAAUAGAACUAAUUUUUUGCCCCCAAGGAGUGGGCAUAAGGAAGCGGUGUAAUACCCAGAGGCCUUUUCUUCCUGAUACACUAUAGUAUUUGCCUGCUGUUCUGAGGCAAACUGUUUUGCCAAGUCCUUCAGGCAAUGAGCCAUGCUGAUGGGUGAUUUGGAGGGGAAAUAUCAUAAUUUUGGUUUCCUUUGAAAAAAAGCUAAAAGCUGAGUAACAGUCACAAAUCCCCUAAGUGUACUGCUGGCACAUGUGUCAGUGUGGCUAUGGGAAGAAGGAGAUGUGAGUCUAACUUUUCUUGCUCCCUGAGGAGUUUCUUGUUGGACCCAAUGGGGUCCAUGAAGACACUGAUGGGGAUGGAACCAGACCACAUGGCAUCUGCUGCGGUUUUUCUGCUGUGUUCAUCUUCUCAGAAAACUCUGUUGCCCAGUUAUUUGGGAGCUCUUGUCAAUCUCUUUCCUGUAAUCUACCUUUAAGGGGAGGAACACUUCCAGGUUUAGUCUGAUUGAGGAGGGGAGUGGGACAAUACUCAAUCUUAAGCAAAGUCAGUUUUGAUUAAUUUUCUUCCUGAGAGUAAGUCCCUGGCCCUGUGACUCCUAUUUUAAUACUUAUUACCUAGCUUUUUACAAAGGAUACUUUGUGAAUAUCUGCAGUUUGAACAUGAUCUGUUAAUCCAUGUUGCUCAUAGCCAUAUCGAAUAUUCAGAGAGAUUUGCACAGAACAUAGGCGCAAAAGCAUAAGGAAACACACCCCUUUUUAAAGCCUUUUCUUGACGUCUUCCCCUCUUAAGAGUGUCCUUGACUGGAACCAGUGCUCCAUGAGGUGUUUAUUUUCCCCUGAGAGUUGGCAGCUGGCAGGGACUCCUGUCUGCUGCCCUUCCAGCAAGUCACCGAGCAAGGGUUCACUUUACAAGAGUGUGGUAGGUUCCCUCCCUCUCACUCUGCCUGGUUCCACCUCCCCUGGUAUGUUGCCCAGGGGAUUCACUACUUAAAUUUCACAUCAGAGAAUGCUGAAGCUUAACACUUUCUGUUGAGCAUAAGCUCCUUUUAAACCUCUAGCAUCCUACAGUACAUGACCUAGCAGAUCAUCAUCUAUCAUCAUUCUGUAGCUGGGUUCAGGGUGAAAAAUUGCUUAUAUGCAGGCACCAUCCCAUCACUCAUAAAUACCCCUUGUGGGGGUGGAGUUUUAGUGUUUUCAGCUAAGAAAACCACAUCUUAUCUUUCCUUGCCCCUCUGCUAGGGCUGUGAGCAUCUCAUAGUCCCCUCCCUAAACACCUUCUGUUAAAACUUGCUCUUCUGCCUGAGGGUCGGUGGCUAGAAUCACUGCCUGCCUGCACAGCAGGACUACCUAGGUCCUCAGAUCAUCCAGAGAGGCAGAGCACAGCAGAGUAGAGGGACAGAGAGGGGGAAACUUCUUGUCCUGAUGGCCUAUGAAAAUUACAUUUCUAACUCUUCUCAUGAAGUGCUAUUUUUACUAUCAAAUCUGGUUUACACAAGCUUUGGCUUGGAAUCCUUUUUUUGGAACAGUUGAAGUUAAUGUUUUCCUACAUUACUCAGCUUGAUAUGAUCAAGCUGAUAUGAUCACAUAUUUUAACUUGCUGCUUCAGUCUUGCCUCUUUGGGAAUUCUACCCAUUUCUGUCAAUAGAAAAGCAGUGAAAUCACCACUGAAGCCCACUUACGUGUUCU